AUGAAAAUGGAUAACCGAGUAGCCGAUUUCUCUGGAAAAUGCAGAAUAAAAAGCUCAGAAAACUUCGAGGAGCUGCUUAAAGCGCUGGGUGUAAAUGUCUUUUUGAGGAAAAUCGCAGUAGCAGCUGCAUCCAGGCCGGUGGUUGAGAUCGAGCAGCAGGGAGAGACUCUGUCAAUACAGACAUCCACUAGUGUUCACACGACUCACGUGUCCUUCACAGUGGGCCAGAGCUUCAAUGAGACCACUGUAGAUGGACGACCUUGCACGAGUUUUCCAAAAUGGGACAAUGACAGAAAGAUCAGCUGUGAGCAGACACUGCUGAAAGGAGAGGGACCUCGGACAUCCUGGACUCGUGAGCUGACUGAUAAUGGGGAGCUCAUACUAACUAUGAGUGCUGGAGAUUUUGUCUGUACCCGGGUCUAUGAACGAGAGUGAGGGCUCACAUUUUUGGUCUCCUUCAAAACUUUAAUU